AUGGGAGCAAUUGGGGGACAUCAAGAAUCGAUUGAUGUGGGCGGGCGUCAGCAGGAAAUUGGUCCAAAGAUAGUCAGGGUGAACGGUUGCAUUUGUGCUGGUGGGACAUGUCCAAAACAGGACAAGAACAAGAUCAUUUAUACUCAAAUAGAAAGCAUUGCUAGAAAGCAUGAAUGCAAUCCUGCCCAGCUAGCAAUAGCAUGGGUUCUCGACCAAGGGGAUGAUGUUGUACCUAUACCUGGGACAACCAAGAUCAAGAACCUGGAGAACAAUAUUGGCUCUUUCAAGGUCAAACUUACAGGAGAAGCUCUAAAAGAGAGAUAUAAUGUUGUACCCAUCGAAGAGGUAGCCGGUGGUAGAAGCUAUACAAACACAGAUCAUUUAGAAUGGAAGUUUGCCAACACUCCACCAAAGAAAUGAUCCUCUUUACUUACACUU